GUCAUGACGCUUUUACGGUUUCUAUGGGGUUGUUAACAGUCAUACCUUUUUCUAGUCAGCUGAAUGCGUAUCUGCGAAAGUGGUGAAUACAUUUAUUGAAAAAGACCAGAAAUGCAUUUUCAUCAUUUAUGAAUAGUUGGUUCUCGACCAAAAAGCUUUUACAGGUUAUUUUAACGGACUAGCAAGCUCCGACAGUAAGCUUAUUCGCGUUAGCGUUAGCUGGCUAAUCUAACGUCUACAGCACGCAGAGUAAAAGGAGAACAAAUUUCCAAGAUGAGCGAACAACUGAAAUUUAUAGUAGAACAACUUAACAAGGAUCCAUUCAAGAAAAAAUUUAACCUCAUCACGUUUGACUCGCUGGAACCGAUGCAGCUACUGCAAAUUUUAAAUGAUGUUCUGGCCGAAAUAGACCCAAAGCAAGUCAUAGACAUCCGUGAAGAAAUGCCUGAGCAAACUGUAAAGAGAAUGUGCUCUCUGCUGGGGAUGUUAAAAUAUAAACCUCCGGGUAACCUCUCUGAUGUAAGCAGCUUUAGACAGGGCCUGGUUACUGGUAGCAAACCUGUGGUUCACCCUAUCCUCCACUGGCUGCUGCAGAAGGUCCCUGAACUGAAGAAGAGAGCUUACCUGGCCCGUUUUCUGGUGAAGCUUGAAGUGCCUGCAGAUUUUUUGCUGGACGACGUCAUUGGUGACACCUAUCAUCAGUAUGAAGAGCUUGUGGAAGGAUUUAAAACAUAUCAUAAGGAGUGUGAACAGCUGAGGACUUCAGGCUUCUCCACAGCAGAGAUCAGGAGGGACAUUAGUGCCAUGGAAGAAGAAAAAGAUCAGCUAUUCAAACGUGUGGAGAGGCUCAAGAAGAGGGUGGAGUCACUGCCCAACCAUCAGCGAAUGUUAGAUCAGGCCAAACAGCUGCGGGUUGAGAAGGAGAGAGAAGAGUCACUGACUCAUCAGAAGCAAGACCAGAAGAAUCAGCUUUUCCAGGCAGAACAAAAACUUCUGAGGUCACAGCAACAGUUAAAGGACUUGCGACAAGCAUCAGCUGAUGCCAGCCCAGAGAGCAUAAUGAAGAGACUUGAAGAAGAAAUCAAGAUAAACUCCUACAUGGUCUCUGAGAAACUACCCAAAGAGCUGGAGGGUAUGAGGCGUACAGUGCAGUACCUGCAGAAGGUGGCAUCAGAGCCUGCUAUGGGCCAGGCUGAUCUCCAGGACCUGGAGGACAAGAUAAAAGAAGUGGAUUCUCAGAUAAACCAGCUGAUUGAGCAAAGGAUGAUGAGAAAUGAUCCAAUAGAUGACAAACUCACACUUUAUAGGCAACAGGCCUCCAUUAUCACUCGAAAGAAGGAAUCAAAGGCAGAGGAGCUUCAGGAGGCGAGGGAGAAGCUGGCUGCUGCAGAGAAGGAGCUGAAGCAAAGGACCAGCCAGACACAAACCUUACAUGGGGAAGAGGUCAUAAGUGGAGACGAGCUGAAACGUUUAGUGGCGAAGCUGCGCAGCAAGGGAACUGCAUACAAGAAGAAACGUCAGGAAAUUGCUGAGUUGAAAGCAGAGUAUGGAGUCCUGCAGCGAACGGAGGAGAUCCUCAAACAGAGACACGAGACUGUCCAACAGAGACUGCAAAUUGUGGAAGCUGAAAAGGGCAUCUCUGGAUACAGUGACACUCAAGAGGAGCUGGAGAGGGUGUCCGCCAUCAAGAGCGAGCUAGACGAGAAGAAGGGCCGCACUUUGGAUGACAUGUCUGAAAUGGUGAAGAAGUUGAACUCGAUGAUAGUGGAGAAGAAAUCAGCUCUUGCACCAAUUAUAAAAGAGCUGAGGUCACUGAGACAGCGGCGUGAGGAGCUAAAUCAAGAGUAUGAUGAAAAGAAGACACGAUAUGAAAGCUGUGCUGCUGGUUUGGAGAGCAACAGAUCUAAAUUGGAGCAGGAGGUAAAGGCAUUGAGGGAGGAGAUAGCGCAGAAGGAAAACCAAUACCAUUACAUCAACUCUAUGUCAGAGAUAAUUGAGAUGCAAAUUCAGCGGGCAGCUGAAGAGAUGAAGGCCUACGUGUCGUCUGAUCCACAGGAGCGGAAGAAGGCCAUCAGGGAAGUGUACAUGAAGAACAUUGCAGAACAGGAGUUACUUGGCAAGAAGUUACGUGAGGAACAGAAGAUGGUGAGAGAGAACCACAGUGCAAACAUGGAGCAGAUGAAGAUGUGGCGUGACCUGGAGGAGCUGAUGGAGUGCAAAAAGAAAUGUUUCAUAAAGGCACAGAACAAAGUUUCUAUAGGUCAAAUCAUUCAGGAGGGAGGAGAGGACAGGCUGGUGCUGUGAGGACAUGUCCGAGCACGAUGAACUGCUGGUUCCCUACCGCGCCCACACCAAAUUAAUGUUCUUUGUUUUUCUGCAACACAUCCAGACCUUUUAGUAGCUUAUCAAACAUUUUAAUUAUUAUUAGAAACUAGUACUAUAUAUAGAGUUUUUGUUAUUUUGUUUUGUUCAAGGGGUUUACAUUUUUCCUCUGAGUUUUCUGUUAUGUGACUGUUAAGUUUUACAGACAGUUUAUCUUUGGUGAGAACCAGACCACUAACUGUGCAAUGACCACAACUCAAAGAACACAUGUUUCAGGAUAUGUUGAAGGACACAAGUUUACACUUUGGUUGUCCACAGGAGGAUCCUUCUUACACAUCUUUAAGAAUAUGCUUUCAAUUAGCAUCCAACGAUAACAGCAUACAAAGUGGUGCACUUGAGAUGUUGCUAUGAGCAUCUAUUUUUGGAAAUGUCAAGCAUGACCUUGGACAGAGACUGGAAGUUCAAUUCACCAGUACAUCCACUACUUUGAACUUAUUUCUCUGCUUGCUGAAUUCUGUAGUUGAUUUGUGUUUUAAGAUAUUGCUGAUAUUCAUGACUGGUUAUUUUGAUGGUGUAUGAAUUUCUAUUACAUGUAUUUUACAUGCA